AUGCCACACGCCGACAGCUCGACCGUGCCGUCGAGUGUGCAGACAAGGGAGGCCUUCUACGACCAUGUCUGCGAGCAGCUGCAUCAUCUCCUGUCAGACGGCUCAACAGAGAACAAUUGGGUCUCCGCGCUCGCCAAUGCAUCCUCUCUGCUCUUUGCAGCCUAUGCGAGCUACAAUCACCCUAACGUCAACUGGUGUGGCUUCUAUGUUCACGCACGCUUGUUCGGCUCCGAAGCGAACGACUUGUGGCUCGCGCCCUUUGCCGGCAAACCCGCUUGUCAGCUCAUCGCGCUUUCGUCCAAAAGGCCAGGCGUCUGCGCCCACGCGUACAAUUCACGCCAAACCAUCGCUGUACCCGAUGUAGAAGCACAUGACGGUCAUAUCGCUUGCGAUGCUGCAACUCGCUCAGAGAUCGUGCUGCCCGUCAUCGUCCAAGACGAGUGUAUCGGCGUCUUUGAUCUUGACUCGACAGAGAUCAACGGUUUCGAGAGCGAUAGCGAGGGUCUGCAAAGGUAUCUGGCCGUUCUGCUCAAGCAUAUACGCUGGCCCGAGCCCAAGUCAAAGCAUGCAUAG